UGUUGUUUAAAGCGAAUUUUAAUAUCUGAAGUAAUAUCUAAAAUUCCAAAUAAAUUGGAACUUCCAGAAGAAGAGCUUGGAGACGAAUUACCUGAAGAGCCUUGCAAAUUAGUUUCAGAUUCAUUGAUCGAAUUAGCUUCAGAUUCAUUGGACACGCUUUGUUGGUCAAAAUUGGAUCUUUGA